AUGGAGGACGCAGCGCGACCAGGGACCAAGCUGGCCGUUCGUGCGUGGCUACACGCUGUCGACAUUGGCGCCUCGGAUAUGUUUCCUGCCGCUCUGCACAUCGACGCACCACUCGAUGCGGCCGGGAACACGGCGCUGCAUGUAGCUGUGGCUGCGGGGCACCUUGCUGGCGUGCGACGACUCAUAUCGCUUGGCUGCGACCUCGAUGCAUGCAACAUGCGUCAGCGAACGCCUCUGCUCGUGGCCACCGCGCACGGCCGCGCCGAGUGCGCCAUGGCGCUAUUGGAGGCUGGGGUCUUGCCCGAGGCACCCCGACACAGCCCGCUCUUUGAAGCGUGUCGGCAUGGGCUUUUGGACGUCGCGCGCGGUCUCAUCGCCGCUGGCGCCAACGUCAACUUUAUGAACAGCGGAGGGUAUGUGCCACUGAUGGCGCUGCUGACGAGGCCGCCCGAGUUUGACAUCGAGCCGCUGCUGGCGUUGCUCGUGGCAUCUGGCGCCGACAUUCAUCGAUGCACCAGCCCCGGCGCGAUUUGUGACUUUGCGCAUCAACCGAACCGCUACCGACUCUUUCUGCGCUACGGUGCGCGCGUAUCCGACAUGGAUCUAAGGCUGCUCGUAAACAAUACGGCACUCCUUCACGUCUACCUCGAGGCCGGUGGCGAUGCCAACGCUCAAACUCAGCCUAGCAGUCCUACGCUUCUGGGACUCCUAGCGCAAGCCAACGAUCACGCGGGGCUGUGUAUGGCGCUGCCCCUGGGCGAUGUCGGCUUUCUGGGCGAGCGUGCUAGCCCCAAUGGUGGAGCCCCUCUCGAUGUUGCCAUUCGCUCGGGCGCGGACCUCUUGACCUUCCAGUUGCUCUUGGAUCGUCCCUGCUCGCAAGAGGUACCUACGUACUUUUGUCUCAGCAACGUACGACACAUGACGCUGCUGCUGAACGGAGGCUACGACCCCAACUGGCGUACACCGGAGGGCUACACUUUGGUGUUUCUAGCCGCUCGUGACGGGUGGGGCUCAAACGUCGAGGUUGUUGGUCUCCUUGCCCCCCUUACCGCCGGCCUCCUCACCGAGCGCCACGUGGACGUACUGCGCUGGACGUGGCGGUCGCGAUGGGCCAUAUUCCCGUUGUGCGAGCGCUUCUCCAAGCGGGCUUUGCAUCCGUUGUGA